AUGCAGGGUGAAGAUAUUCUGAAGAGGUUUGAGAGAUUACUCGCAGAGAAUGUCUCUGUGUAUGUUGCAGCAAGUAUACCAACUUUGGCUACAAAUUCAACUGACCUUGAGCUUUUAGAGGAAAAAGGGGCUCAUGUAAAAAAGAUUGAUUUUGGACAUUUGACAGGAGGAGUGUUGCAUAGCAAAUUCUGGAUUGUAGAUAUGAAACACAUAUAUAUUGGUAGUGCAAAUAUGGACUGGAGAUCUUUAUCUCAGGUUAAAGAGUUUGGUGCGGUGAUAUACAACUGCAGCUGCUUGGCCAAAGACCUCUGGAAAACAUUUAGUACUUACUGGGAUCUUGGACAUGCUAAUGCUACCAUCCCAUUCCCUUGGCCUCUUAAUUAUUCCACCCACAUUAACAAGCAUCAUCCUCUGGAAGUAGAAUUUAAUGGAAUCUUGACAAAAGCCUAUCUUUCUGCUUCUCCUCCAGCAUUUUGUCCAGAAGGUCGCACCAAUGACCUCUUUGCUAUAAUCAGUAUUAUCAGUGAGGCGCAGAAGUUUGUCUAUGUUUCUGUGAUGGAAUAUUUCCCUACCAGCCGUUUCGUUCAUCCAGAAAGAUACUGGCCAGCCAUUGACAAUGCUCUGAGACGUGCAGCUUUCAACUACAGAGUACAAAUCCGGCUUCUGGUCAGCUGCUGGACCCACUCCGACCCAGACAUGCUCUACUAUCUGAGAUCCCUGCGUGCUCUCAACAACCCAUCUGCCCACAUCAGUGUUGAUGUGAAACUCUUCAUUGUUCCAGUUCUGAAUCACACAAAUAUUCCUCAUGGGAGAGUGAAUCACAACAAAUACAUGGUGACUGAUAAAGUCGCCUAUAUUGGGACUUCCAAUUGGUCAGAAGAUUACUUUGUUAAUACAGCUGGCGUGGGACUAAUUAUCAAACAGAAUUCCACCAACCUGCAAAGAAGGCAACUGCCUAUCCAGGAACAAUUAAAAAACCUUUUUGAGAGAGACUGGAAUUCCAAAUAUGCCGUGAAUCUGGAAGAUGUGCAGGGACAGAAAGACUGUAACUGGAGCGGCGGACUCUGA